AUGAGCUAAGCGGGCUCAGCGCCGAGGCACUGAGCCCCUCGUGUCCCGCCGCCGCGCGUGAGGGGGAUCGGACGCCGCUCUCCAAGCGCGGCUCACUGGCCGCCCGGGAGCCAGCAGGGAGUAUAGUAUUUCCCAGACUCUGAGGCCUCCAGAAUUCACAAAUUGAGGUUGGCAUCAUUUGCAGAGAGAAAACUCCGGUAAUAUAGUGAGCCUCAGUAUCGAAUGCUUAAAUAUAUUGGCCUAAUGGAGUGAGAGAAGAAAUAAAAAGAGUCUUAAUUGAUUGGGGAGAUUGAAAGGGAGAAAAGUCAGUCUCCAUUAGUUGCUGAAUAGGGGUAUCACUAGCCUGAGAACGCUUUUAUUAUUAAUUUCUCUGUUGGAGCUUCUUGGUACCAUGGAGAUGGCUUAAGCUCAACCCCAAAUCCAGGGAUGUAGUCUGCUGUAAUGGAAGAUGAUUGAAGACAAAGGGCCUCGCGUUGCCGACUACUUUGUUGUGGCAGGGUUAACUGAUGUUUCAAAGCCUCUUGAAGAAGAAAUUCACUUCAAUGAUGCCUGUCAUAAAGUAGCUAAACCAAAAGAACCUAUCACAGAUGUUUCAGUUAUUAUUAAAUCUCUUGGGGAGGAAGUGCCCCAGGAUUACAUGUGUAUUGAUGUCACCCCAACUGGAUUGUCAGCUGAUCUCAAUAAUGGAAGUCUUGUGGGGCCACAGAUUUACCUUUGUUAUAGAAGAGGAAGAGAUAAGCCUCCACUUACAGAUCUGGGGGUUUUAUAUGACUGGAAAGAAAGAUUGAAACAGGGCUGUGAAAUUAUUCAAAAUACUCCCUAUGGGCGCCCUGCAAAUAUUAGUGGCAGUACCUCAUCACAAAGAAUUUAUAUCACUUAUCGAAGAGCCUCUGAAAACAUGACUCAAAAUGCACUGGCUGUCACAGACAUAUGUAUUAUAAUACCCAGUAAAGGAGAAAGUCCACCGCAUACAUUCUGCAAAGUUGACAAGAAUCUCAAUAACAGCAUGUGGGGAUCAGCAGUGUACUUGUGUUAUAAGAAAUCGGUGGCAAAGACAAACACUGUGUCUUACAAAGCUGGUCUGAUUUGUAGAUAUCCUCAAGAAGAUUAUGAGUCCUUUUCAUUACCAGAGUCUGUUCCCCUAUUUUGUUUACCAAUGGGUGCAACUAUUGAAUGUUGGCCACCAAAUAGCAAGUACCCUCUUCCUGUAUUUUCUACAUUUGUGUUAACUGGAGCCUCAGCUGAAAAGGUCUAUGGUGCUGCUAUUCAGUUUUAUGAACCAUAUCCUGAGGAGAAUCUCACAGAAAAACAGAGACUUCUUUUAGGUUUAGCAUCAUCGGCAGAUGGGAAAUCUGAUAGUUCCAAAACAAUUCACACUAACAAAUGCAUCUGUCUUCUUUCUCAUUGGCCUUUUUUUGAUGCAUUCAGGAAGUUUCUGACUUUUCUGUACCGUUAUUCCAUCUCUGGACCUCAUGUUCUUCCAAUUGAGAAGCAUAUUUCUCAUUUUAUGCAUAAAGUUCCUUUUCCAUCUCCUCAGAGACCACGGAUUUUAGUUCAGUUAUCACCACAUGAUAAUCUGAUUCUAAGUCAGCCCGUUUCAUCACCUCUUCCACUAAGUGGUGGCAAGUUUUCAACACUACUUCAGAACCUAGGCCCUGAGAAUGCUGUAACACUACUGGUGUUUGCAGUAACAGAACAUAAAAUUCUCAUUCAUUCCUUACGACCUUCUGUGCUUACUAGUGUGACAGAAGCGUUAGUGUCUAUGAUUUUUCCUUUCCACUGGCCAUGCCCAUAUGUUCCUCUCUGCCCACUGGCUUUAGCAGAUGUCUUGAGUGCACCAUGUCCAUUCAUAGUAGGGAUUGAUUCAAGAUACUUUGAUCUCUAUGAUCCUCCACCAGAUGUCAGUUGUGUUGACCUAGAUACCAACACCAUUUCUCAAAAUGGUGACAAGAAAAAUGUGGCAUGGAAGAUACUUCCAAAGAAGCCUUGUAAAAACUUGAUGAACACACUAAAUAACUUGCACCAGCAACUGGCAAAAUUGCAGCAAAGACCACGAGAUGAUGGACUAAUGGACUUAGCAAUGAAUGACUAUGAUUUUAAUUCUGGAAAGAGGUUGCACAUGAUAGAUUUGGAAAUUCAAGAGGCAUUUUUGUUUUUCAUGGCCUCUAUUUUAAAAGGCUAUAGAUCUUACUUAAGGCCAAUAACACAAGCCCCAUCUGAGACAGCCACAGAUGCAACUUCUCUUUUUGCCCUGCAGGCUUUUUUAAGAAGCCGGGAUCGGUCACAUCAAAAAUUCUACAAUAUGAUGACCAAAACACAGAUGUUUAUUCGCUUCAUUGAGGAAUGCUCUUUCGUCAGUGAUAAAGAUGCAAGCCUGGCAUUUUUUGAUGAUUGUGUAGAUAAAGUAGAUAUGGACAAGAGUGGUGAAGUACGACUUAUAGAACUGGAUGAAUCUUUCAAAAGUGAACAUACUGUUUUUGUAACACCACCUGAGAUCCCCUGUCUACCCAAUGGUGAAGAACCUCCUUUACAGUACAGCUAUAGUGGAUUUCCAGUUCUUAGGAACAAUUUAUUUGAGAGACCAGAAGGAUUUCUACAAACGCAAAAGAGCAAACUGCCUUCAAAAUCAAGUAGUCCUAGUAGCCCUUCUCCCAUGUUCAGAAGAACAAAACAGGAAAUUAAAUCAGCUCAUAAAAUUGCCAAGAGAUAUUCUUCCAUCCCUCAAAUGUGGUCCAGGUGUCUGCUGCGUCACUGUUAUGGACUGUGGUUUAUUUGUCUCCCAGCUUAUGUCAAAGUAUGUCAUUCAAAAGUCAGAGCUCUGAAAACAGCAUAUGAUGUACUAAAAAAAAUGCAGUCAAAGAAGAUGGAUCCACCUGAUGAGGUGUGCUACCGCAUCCUUAUGCAGCUCUGUGGACAAUAUGAUCAGCCAGUGCUUGCAGUGCGGGUGCUUUUUGAAAUGCAUAAAGCUGGUAUUGACCCCAAUGCCAUUACCUAUGGUUAUUAUAAUAAGGCUGUUUUGGAAAGUACCUGGCCUUCAAGAAGUCGUAGUGGCUAUUUUCUUUGGACAAAAGUAAGAAAUGUUGUUUUAGGAGUAGCACAGUUCAAAAGAGCUUUAAAGAAACAUGCACAUUUAUCACAAACAACUCUCUCAGGUGGCCAGUCUUAUCUGGGAUAUGAUUCAUUGUCUAAGGAUGAAGUUAGAAGAGGGGAUAUAGCUACUGAGGACAUUCCAGAAGAAAAAGAUAAAAAAGGGAGUGAUUCUGGUUCCUUGUCAGAGAGCGAGAGUACAAAAGGAAGUGGUGAUUGUCUUCCUAAGCUCAAUUUUCAAAGUUCUUCCAGUAUUGUUCGCCUCAGUGGUACAGGUGACAACAGUGCUAAUAAAAUACCAGGAGAAAACACAGAAAGCAUACGUGAACUGCUCUUAAUAUCGUCUCUUGAGGAUACAAAUGAAACAGGAAACGUUGAAAGUAGAUGCUUCAGGAAAAGACAUAAAAGUGACAAUGAUUCUAAUUUGCAGCAGCAAAUGGCCUGGGGAAAUAGAAACCGUAAUCUUAGUGGAGGGGUACUGAUGGGAUUUAUGCUCAACAGAAUUAAUCAAAAAGCAAAUCCUGGAGAUAUAGUUGAAAAAUUAGGAGCUGAUGCAAAAAUUCUUUCAAAUGUUAUCUCAAGAAGCACAAGACCAAAUAGUCUUGAUAUUGGAAAGCCACCUUUAAGAUCAAAAAGAGACAGUCUAGAAAAGGAAUCUAGUGAUGAUGAUACACCUUUUGAUGGUUCUAAUUGCUUGGCUGAUAAAGUGGAUUCUCCUGUUAUUUUUGAUUUAGAAGACUUAGACAAUGAAACAGAUGGAUCAAAAGUAGGAUAUGUUGCCACACAAAAUUCCAAGAGAAUUCAACGAAUGAACAGCAACUUCUCAGCAAAACCUUCUGAAAAAACUGAUGUUGCAACAGGAUUUGAUCCCCUCUCUCUUUUAGUUGCUGAGACUGAACAGCAGCAAAAAGAAGAGGAAGAGGAGGAUGAAGAUGAUAGUAAAAGCAUUUCAACACCAUCUGCAAGGCGUGAUUUAGCUGAAGAAAUUGUGAUGUAUAUGAAUAACAUGAGCAGUCCUUUGACAAGUCGAACACCAAGCAUUGACUUACAACGGGCAUGUGAUGAUAAAUUAAACAAUAAGAAAAGCCCAACAUUGGCCAAGGCUUGCAGAAGAUCUAGCCUACCUCCCAAUUCUCCUAGGCCAGUGAGACUCACCAAAUCUAAAAGUUACACAAAAAGUGAGGAAAGACCAAGGGAUAGACUGUGGUCUUCUCCAGCCUUCUCACCUACUUGCCCAUUUAGAGAAGAAUCUCAAGAUACAUUAACCCAUUCAUCACCCUCAUUUAAUUUAGAUACGCUACUGGUACCUAAAUUAGAUGUUCUAAGGAAUAGUAUGUUCACUGCUGGAAAAGGAGUUGCAGAGAAAGCAAGCAAGUGGUAUUCAAGAUUCACCAUGUAUACCUCAUCCUCUAAGGAUCAAAGUUCUGAUCGUACCAGUCUUUCUUCAGUGGGAGCCCAGGAUUCUGAAUCUACCUCUUUGACAGAUGAAGAGGUCUGCCAUGAGUUGGAAGGAGCCUCUUCCUCCCAAGAGAGCAGUGCCACGUCAGGGACCAAGGGGAUUGACCUUAGCCGAACAAGUCUGGAAAGUUCUGCCUCCUUAGAAGGAUCCCUGUCAAAGUUUGCCUUACCUGGGAAAUCGGAAGUGACAUCUUCAUUCAACAUGAGUAAUACAAAUAUCUUCCAGAACUAUGCAAUGGAGGUUCUCAUCUCAAGUUGUUCUCGGUGUAGAACUUGUGAUUGUCUUGUCCAUGAUGAAGAAAUCAUGGCUGGCUGGACAGCAGAUGAUUCAAAUCUCAAUACUACGUGCCCAUUCUGUGGCAAUCUUUUCUUGCCCUUUCUGAAUAUUGAAAUCAGAGAUUUAAGACGACCUGGAAGAUACUUUUUGAAGUCAAGCCCAUCUACAGAAAAUAUUCACUUUCCAUCCUCCUUUUCAAGUCAAACGAGGCGGUCUUGCAUUUCAACAUCAGCCUCCGGUCUUGACACAUCUGCUGUUGAUGUUCAAGGGAAUUUUGAUCUAAACAGUAAAUCUAAACUGCAGGAAGAUUCCUGUGCUCGAAGUAUUCAGAUCCCUGCUAACAGAUCAAAAACAACCAUGUCAAAAUGUCCAGUAUUUCCAAUGGCCCGAAGCAUUAGUACUUAUGGCCCCUUGGAUAAGGAAGAUACCAGAGGACAGAAACUCAUUCCUACAGGCAGCCUGCCAGCUACUUUACAAGGAGCUACAGAUUCUUUAGGAUUAGAAUGGCACCUUCCAAGUCCAGAUCCUGUCACUGUUCCAUAUCUUAGUCCUUUAGUGGUCUGGAAGGAACUGGAAAGCUUACUGGAAAAUGAAGGCGAUCAUGCAAUAGCAGUGGCAGACUUUGUGGACCAUCACCCCAUUGUGUUUUGGAACCUUGUGUGGUAUUUCAGACGCCUUGACUUGCCCAGUAACUUACCUGGAUUGAUUCUUUCUUCUGAGCAUUGUAACAAGUAUUCAAAGAUUCCCCGCCACUGUAUGUCUGAAGAUAGUAAACAUGUUUUGAUACAGAUGUUGUGGGACAAUAUGAAAUUACAUCAGGAUCCAGGACAGCCCUUGUACAUCCUCUGGAAUGCUCACAGUCAAAAUCGUACUCUUUUGUUUGAGACCCAAAAGUAUCCCAUGGUCCAUUUAUUGCAAAAGAGUGAUAGCUCAUUUAACCAAGAGCUAUUGAAAAGUAUAGUUAAAAGCAUUAAAAUGAAUGACGUCUAUGGCCCAAUGAGUCAGAUUUUAGAGACACUGAAUAAGUGUCCACACUUUAAAAGACAGAGGAGUUUAUACAGAGAAAUACUAUUUCUCUCACUUGUGGCACUGGGAAGAGAAAACAUUGACAUAGAUGCGUUUGAUAAGGAGUACAAGAUGGCAUAUGACCGUCUGACACCUAGUCAAGUCAGGAGCACACACAACUGUGACAGACCACCAAGCACAGGGGUGAUGGAGUGUCGGAAAACCUUUGGAGAGCCUUAUCUUUAAGAUGUGUGUGUGUGUGUGUGUGAACACUCAAUAUAUAUGUACAGUUGGUGUAUAAAGGAACACUUUUUUGAACUCUAAACUUUUUUCUUCAAUCUUUGAGAACGCUUUUGUAAAUGGUUCGGAAGGCUCAGGUGGUUUCUGUACAGAUGUUGUGAGGAGAGACUGUGACCACUAAGGAGAGAGCCACUUGGUUCCCCAGUUCUUUUUUUUUCCCCAUUUAACUCUCCUAUAAUAAAUAAUUAAGUAUUUUUGUGAUGAGGAAACCCCUAAAGGAAAUUAGUUGCCAUAAAAUAGACAACUCUGUUACGGUUUCUCUUGAAAGAGAUGGUAAAGUCAUGUAUGGAACCUCAACAGAAAUGUAAGAUCAAAGUAGCGCCUGUUUUUUCAUAGCCUAUUCAGAUAUUUUGACCAUGAAGUUGUAUUAUACAUAUUUUAAAUUGUUUAUAGUAAGUUGAUAUUUUUUUAAUUUUUAAAUUUAAUAUAGCAAACUUAAAAUGAACUUAAACUUACAAAACAAGCAUUUAUUUUCCUUGUCUGCUGCUAUUUGAAGUAAUUAAUUAGUACAGCUGCAGAUCUCUCUAUAUGUAUAUAUAUCUAUCUAUAUAUUUUUUAUUACUUGGGAGAAUGAAUUUUAAAACGUCAGUGCUAGUGUUGGUGUUGUUCUAGGAUUGCUUGUUAGUACCGGAAGCCUGACUGCGCUGAGUCAUGGCAGGCUUAGUAUGCGCUGCCUGCCUGACUCACUGAGCCCUGUGAAAGGAGAGCCAGGCUGCAAAAUUUUCUCUACUGAUAAUAAAUGCAUAUCAUACACAGGGAGAAGAAUAGCUCCCAAAUCCAAGUAGCGAUUUAAAUUUUAAUAUUCUACAUAAAAACCUACACUGCUACACUGGGAAAUAAGACAGUUGACUCUAUUCCAAAUUUUACUCUUGUUUUAAUGUCUAAAAUACUGGGUAUGACACAAAUUGUACUAUAAAAUAUUUAUCUGAAAUAUGAUUUAUGGAGGUAUUCUGUUAAUACUAUAUAUAAAUAUUAAAAAUAUUUUUUUCAAAAACAGACAGUAAUAGCCCUCUAAAAGUAUACAUCCUGAUAGAAUUUCCCAUAUUGAGGAACUUAAUUAUUUUUUAACAAACUUCAGAAUCUGAAGUUUGUAGAACUUGAAUGCAGAAAUUUCCAGAAAUCAGACAAUAAAUUGAAUGUUUAAACAUCAUGAGUAUUAAAUACUUUUUUUAAAAAAUUUUAGUUGCAUUAUUUCUAAUGACUUUCUCUGGGUAAUUUCUGAUAAAGUGCAUUUUUUGGCUGUUGCAGUUAUAGAUUUUCAGUGUGUCUUUGUGUGUACAUUUGCACACAUCAUCAUUAAUAGAGGUAAUGUUGAGCCAUUUUAAAGACAGAAAAAAAAUGGAUGUUCUCAAGUUCAAUGUAUAAAGCAAAUUGAGUCCACAACUUUUAGACUGGAGAUAUGUUGGAGUUCUGAGACAUAGAAUCAGUUCACCUGCAGAAAAAACACUUUGAGUUCACACUAUUAGUGAAUAGCACCAAGCUGAAACAUUUCCCAGCUUUCUACUCCGGGAGAUAAUGGAGUUUACAAAUGUAAAACUUCAGUUCGGUUGGGAACUGAACUUGCUUACUUGAAAACUGUGGUGCUCUGCACUGGGAUCUGCCUCUCUGCCUCUCCUUUGUAAAACCACGCAAGCCCUGCCCUCUCCCAGUCAGACCCAGCCUCACAUUCCACUUCUGUCUUUUGUUCUCUAAAUCAUUUGAAAGUUGUCCACCGAGAGAAACAAUGCUAGGGGAGUUUUUGGCAUUGACCAUAAAAAUCCCUCCAAAUGGGAUUCUGGGGUUCUCUUCUAGUUUUCGUUGUUUGUUUUUAUUCUCAUAUAAAGACAGCUUGCACUAUUAUUUACUUUUUCUGUAACACAAAUACUAUGUAGGUGUCAUAGUUUAUUUAUUUGAAAUGCCUGACAAAGAGUGAUGCAGAGCUCAUUCUUUUUGGCUUAGUUUCAUUUGGAAAAGUGAUUGUAACUUUUAUUUCCUCCCCCAUCCUGAGUUUUCUUUGGAUAGAAUCACAUUUCCCUAUUUUUAAUCCCCAGGAAUAAUACUACACAAAGUCAGUCUUGAAAUACUAAAACAUGAAUAGAAAUUGAUAAACCCUCCUCAAGAGAAAAUUAAAAUACAGAUCAUCCCUCUUCAUUGACUCCGUACAAACUUUUCUCCAGUUUUCUCUAUCGGACAUACACUUUGGAGAAUCGUGGCCACUCAUUGGAGAGACACUCUUUGCUAUGUUAUCUCUUAUUUUCUUAUUCUUAGUUGUUCUGUGCUUCAACUGUUGAAAGUGAACCAUGCUGUUUGCUGGUGUAAUCUGUUUACUGCUCCUCCCAUUGUGUUUUGAAUGUCACAUGUUUGUAUUUUAUAUAGUGUUUCAGAUAUUCAACUUUUUCCUCCUAUUGUCAGGGAAUUAUGUAGCUAUUCAUCUUCUGAUUUUGUCAUUUUUUUUAUUUUAAUUGUUUUAGCUUUAAAAUCCUAUAACUACCAAGUUAUUAUUAGGUUUUCUAAUAUGUCUCCCUAUUUUUGUAUAUAGAGAAAUGGCCCCAGAAAAUGUUUGGUUCAACAUUUUAGGCAAUAAAUAACUUAUUUUUUAAUUUA